ACAAAAUAUGUCACUAUCAGUUGUUCCGUAGUAUCUGUUCAAUAAAUUUCUUUUUAGCCGCACAAAAUAUGAAUUAUUAAAGUACAUUUUGUUUAAAACUUUAAUAAAUCAAGUGAAAUAAUUAAAAUGCGGUGUUUAAUUCUUAUAGCCUGUUGCGCUAUAUUAGGUGUUGCAGCUUGGGACGACGGCGAUUUGGAAGUUUUCGACGUGGUAGAAGAAGUGAACCAAAAUUUUUAUGAACUUAUAGGAGUACCUCAGGAUGCAUCACAAUCAGAAAUUAAGUCAGCUUUUAAAAAGUUAACUCUAAAGUUACAUCCAGACAAAAAUGAUGCCCCUGAUGCUGAUGUACAGUUUAGGAAUUUAGUGUCUGUUCAUAAUAUUCUUAAAGACCCAGGUAAAAGAGAAAAGUAUAAUGAGGUACUUAAAAAUGGAUUACCAAACUGGAGAUCAGCUAUAUAUUAUUACCGACAUGUCAGGAAAAUGGGAUUGGCCGAGGGCUCUAUUAUUUUAUUUAUCAUUGUUACAUUUGGACAGUAUUUAGUCGGUUGGGCAGCAUAUGCUGAGAAGAGGUACACAGCUGAACAAAUAUUAACUACAAGGGGUAAAAAAAUGAAAAAGUCUGGUUUUGAUACUGGAUUAGCGGAAAUAUUGGAUCAAUUGCCUAAACCUAGUAUAAAAGAUACAUUGCCAUUUCAAAUACCAAGAGCAAUAUGGUGGUCCAUAACUGCCAUUCCAAGUGCUAUAGCUGCAUUUAAAGAGAGAAAGAAACAGCAGGAGGAAGAAGAAAGAAGAAGAAAGAAAAAGGAAGAAGAAGACCGCGCCCGCGAGGCUCGCGAGGCAGCAGCCGCGGAGGCCCGCGCGGCGGCGGGCGGCGCUCGCAAGCGGCGCGGCUUCGUGCCGCCCGAGCGGGACUGCUUGUUGGAGCCGGCUGAUGAGCCGGAGGACGGCGCGCCGGUUGUUAGUAAACCGUCAGCACCGCCCAUAAUAUCCGGUGGUCUCUGGACGGACGAUGACUUGGCAGAACUGGUUCGUCUCGUAAAGCGCUACCCGGCGGGCACUGCGAGGCGCUGGGAAAGUGUCGCUGAGAAGUUGCAGCGGCCUGUUGCUGAAGUCACGCAUAUGGCAGCCAAGCUCAAGGAGAACUGCUAUAAGAUACCGGGACAAGAGGCGGAACCAGUGCCAGAAGUGCCCAAAAAGGUAAAAACCCGUAAAGCGGAAGACAUAGUAGCAAGUUCUGUGAGCAACUGGUCCCAAACUCAGCAGAAGGCGUUAGAGUCAGCCCUUGCGAAGUAUCCCAAGGGUGGGGCUGGAGAUCGAUGGGCCAAGAUCGCCAAUAGUGUGCCUGGGAAGAGUAAGGAGGAAUGUAUGCAGCGGUGUAAAUAUCUAUCAGAGAUGCUGAAACAACAAAAACAAAAAGAGGAAGAACAAAAAAUAGAAGAAGAGAAACAUAAAGAGCCAGAAGAUGCAGAACCAACCCCAUGUAACGACAAAGAGGACGAAUCUAUCAUGUGAUUGAAGAAUUUAGUGAUAAAUGAAUAACUUUUCCCCAGACUUUACAAUUUUUCCACCCUUAUGUCUCAAAUCAAAUGCUUAAAACUUUUUGAGACUCAAAAUAUUUAAUUCGUGUGACGCGAAUGCCAUGACAAACAUAAAAAGGCUUAGUGUGGUGGAUGGAUCAUGUUAAUUAUUUAUGUAUGUACAUUAUUUAAAUGUAUUGUAAUUUUUAUGGCACUAAAGAUUUUGUUGAAAAAA